AAUUAAAUAUUAAAAAUGGCAUUGAAAUUGGUCAUAAGUUUUCUAGUGUUAGGCGUUAGCGGUACAACAGCAUUCAGGAGCGCAUUUGAUACGGACCUAUACGAGAGAGUAAUAGAUGCCGAAUUGUGCCAAGAGCAGCUUACGUUACUCUCGAAUCAUUCUUUGAGGUAUAGGUUCUACGACGCAAGCGGCAAAAUCCCAAGCGGAAUCUUACAGGGAAAUCUAAACGAGCUAGGAGAUUACUUUCAAUGUCUUAGCAUUGACGAGUUUGUCAACAAUUAUGAUAUAAAAGGGAAAUAUUGUCGAGUUAAUAUACCCUUAGAUCAGAAUCCAAUCGAAUUGCCGGUGUGGCCUCCAGGCCCCAUAUGGCCUCCAACUGGGCCGGAGGAAAAUAAUAUUGAUAAAACAGAAUCUUUUGCGAAUUUGCAGCGCGCCACUAGAACUAUUUCUGGUGAUGGUGCAAAUAACAAAGCUGCUAAUAGUAUGUUAUCAUCAAAUUUGCCAACACUGAAUCUGGCGGUUUGUAUCCCCAAAGUUUGCUCAGUGCGUCAAGCGCUGGAGUACAUGCAGGACCAGGUCCCAUUGCUGAGCUUGAAUCUGACCUUUACCGAGAACUACUGCCGUCUGCCCAACGACAAACCGCUGGCUCCCGCUGACUUUGUAGCGAUAGGUAUCUUGUCAUUCAUCGGGCUUCUAUUAAUAAUCAGCACAUCUUACGAUCUAUAUCACAUAUUUGUAAGAAAGCGAGAUCCUUCCGAAGCGAAUGUCUUACUCCGAAGUUUUUCAGUGUACACGAACACACACCGGUUCCUCACGUUCAAAUCUGCCAAUGGUGCACUGGAAUGUAUCGAUGGCAUUCGAGCCAUUUCCAUGCUCUGGGUCGUAGUUGGUCACACCUAUUUCCUAACUCUGUAUGGACAUGUUCACAACUAUGUUGACAUUAUAAAUUGGAUGUCGGCGUUCUCGAGUACGUGGGUGAUUGCGGCGCCCAUCACCGUCGAUACGUUCUUCCUCCUUAGUGGCAUUCUCGUCGUUUAUACUACCAUCGGGAAGGUCACCAGAGGUCGAUUCAUCCGGUGCCUCCAUUUGUUCUAUCUGAACCGUUUGCUGCGGAUGUUUCCUCUUCUCGCAGCUGUAAUUCUCCUCCAAGCAUCUCUAUUCCACCACAUGUCCGAUGGCCCCAAUUGGAACGUAGUAGCUGGUUCCACGGAACGAUGCAGAGAGUACUGGUGGUCUGCCUUACUACAUGUUCAGAACAUUGUCAAUUAUGAUGCCAUGUGUCUAGGUCAAACGUGGUAUCUGUCAGUUGAUAUCCAGUUAUACGUCAUCUGCCCUCUGGUAUUGCUGUGGCUGUUUGGCUCGGGACGCUUGGCAUGGUUCUCUCUUACCGCUGCGAUCAUCCUUUCUCUAAUCUCGUCUUCGUUGUACAGCUUCCUUUACAAUUUCUCUGCUGUUUUAGUGAAUAUAAAUCGACUGGCGGAGGUUAGUUCGUAUGUAAAAUACUACUACUUCAACACGCUGGCGCGUGCGCCGCCGUUCUUCGUCGGCAUGCUGUACGGAUACAUCAUUCAUCUUUACCGCGACAGGAAAAUCCGGGUUGCUAAGGUCAACUUAGUCCUUCUCUGGGCACUAUCAUUCCUGAUCAUGGCGUUCUGCAUCUUCUCGGUCUAUCCUGUGGCGCAGCCGAGUCAUGACAUCCAGGUUCUUGACAAUAUCCUCAAUGCAUACAUGCGCGCCAUGUGGGCUUGCGCUCUAGGUUGGCUGAUUUUCGCCUGCGUCCAGGGCUAUGGAGGUCCAAUAAACUGGUUCCUGUCACUCCAAAUGUGGAAGCUUCCUGCUCGUCUCUCGUACGCCAUGUACCUGGUGCAUUUUCCUAUCAUGAUGGUAGUCAACGGGUCUUGGCUUAAGACACACUAUUUCAGUAAUGGCGAAACGAUGUAUCGCUUCAUGGGUGAACUGGGCUUCACAACAAUCGCAGCGUUCAUUCUGUGCAUCACUAUUGACGCCCCUUUCUCAGUAUUGCAGAAACUAUUGCUUCAAGGUGGUAGCAAAAGGGCACCAAAAAAAGUUCCAGAAAUCAAGGUGGAAUUUGUUGAAGCUGUUAACGAGCCAAACAGAUUUUUCAAAACAGUUUUGUAAAUUAUAUUAAUGGAUUCGUUUAUAUGAUUAUGAAAGUAACAUAAAGUAAUGUAUGUAUGUGACAGAAUAUUUACCCGUCGAUUUAUACUGCAUCAUAACUGUCUAAAUGCACUUAAAAUGCAGUUUGAAAGCAUUCGACGGUAGGUCUAGCAGUGCGAG